AUGCGGGUCAUCCCUGCCGUUGCAUUGCUGACCCGCCAUGCCGUGGCUGGCCGGCCCACUGUGUGGCGUGCUGCAGAGGAAGUGGACACGUUGCCGGUGGGGGCCCAGGUGACCCUGACGGGAGAUGAGUUGAUCUCCGGAAAUCGCGGCAUCGCCUUCCGGCAGAAACGCGCCUUUCACAUCGAGGAGGUCAGGGAAGAUGACCUCCCCUCCUUUCUGUUCCGCCGAACUCCGGUGUACUCUGCGGCGGCGUCGGCCCACGAGUUUGUGCUUACAGAACAGACCUGUCAAACGGGCCGGUUUUUGUUGCACGACCCGAGGGUUGGUUUAUUCCACAACCAGCGGAUCUCUUACGAAACUGCCUUGGAUAUGGCUUCAGCACUGGGGCGUAUCCUGGUUUUGCCUGGCUUCUUCAAGUUUCCACAUCCAGAGGCCUACGACGGUCUCCAGUGGGUGCCUUUCCGGGACCUCUUCGACGUCAGCAGCGUGCGCAGUUGCUACGGCCGGGUGGUGGAGCUGGAGGAGUUACUGGAGGUGUGUGGUUCUGAAGUCUUGGAUCAACACAUCACGGUACCUUUCGAGACCCUGUGGAUGCGCAGCAAGAGCAAGGCUCCUUGGAUCAACGGCACCCGCCCCGAGAUGCGUUGGGCCUGGCCGCCCAACAGGCCAUACAGGCCGCGGGCGCCGCGGGAAGCGGCAGGGGUGCAGGUUUUCAGCUCCAAGACGUCAGAAAAAGAAACCAAAUUGAAACUGGAGGAACGCCUGGGGCAUAUGCUUGCAGCAUUCCUGAAGGAGGGAGUGGCGGAGGCCCAAACCAUCCGCACGCAUGGGCUCAUUGCCAGGAACGUCACUCAGGGGGACGUGGCAACCUGCUUUAUGCCGAGCAAUUCUACGAUGGACUUGGCCAGGAGCGUCGCAGCGUCUUUGGGGCUGCUCCCCGUAGCCGAGAAGAAUGAGACGCCCAAAGUUCUGGGAAUCCACCUGCGAUUGUUCAAGCCAAGUACCCAAACAUCCGGUGGCUACAUGCUGGUUGAGCAUCAAGAACUCACGGAAUCCCUUUGCAAUUUCGAGCCGGAGGUCUUCUUCUUCAUCGCCUCCUGGGCUUUGGCUCGGAGCUUCUUAGGCUUUUGGCCCAGCAAGACCUGGAUGGCCACCAAUGAAGCAGAUGAACGUCGUCUGAUUCAAUAUAUGAGUGGCUUUCCGGGGCCGCGUGCCAACCCCUACCGACCUCAUCAUUACGACCAAGCCGUAUCGGUGGAAGAGUGCACUAUGGCUCUUCAAUCAGUUCUGGUGGAUGCCAUCAUUUGCUCAUGGGCUGAUUAUUUCAUCGGCAACGUGUGUUCCACCAUGUCGCAGUACAUCCAGCAGUUGCGACUUCGAUGGGGCAAGCCUUUCGCCACGAACCUGUUGGUGGGAGGGAUCCAACAUGCUGAGAUGUUGCAAUGGGCUCGAGAGGAGGUCGAGAAUGGAUGGAGUUCCCGCGGUUAA